AUGAGCAUCUGCUCUCUGAAACCUGUAAAAAUUGUAGUUAAUCCACUUGCCACACUUGCACAAGCUGCUGUGACUGCCAAGCUCAUACCUUUGCCACCUUCUCCCAUUCCUGCAGUUAAUUCUUCACUCAAUCUUGCACCUGAGAAAAUAGACAAUGACUCUGCCAUUACCAAGGCAUCGACUGUUAUAAAAGCCAAGCCAGCCAAGGUGAAAAAGAUGCAUCCUGGCCCCAAGGAAAAUGGAUGUGAUUACUUCAACAAGCUGACACUGGCUCAAGUUAAGAAUUAUAGCAAUGAGGUUAAUACCUUGUUGAAGAACAGUAUGUGGAGCAGGACUGCCAUUUCUGAGGGCACAGUCUACUAG